AUGAGUCAGUUGUUUUCGGAUGAACAAGCCCGGGCUAGAAAUGAUCCCGCAGUGACACCGAGGCCAGUCACUAUGCAUUUUGUUUCUGAUGCAGCCAGAGACCAAUGGCGAUAUGGUCUACCUACCGCAGAUGAAAUUGCGGCCGUGUUCGUCGGUGAUGUAACAUUAUCUGCGAACUCAUCUCAUGCUGAUCCUAUGCUAGAUCCAGUGUUGUUUCCAUACGGUGAAGCCGGCUGGCAUAUCAACAUGAGGCAAGUGGGAAACCGUGUCAAUGCAGUUCGCCAGUACGUGUGCAAUCUGUAUGUUCGGAUGGAAUCGAACAAUCUGAAUUACAUUCGUAAGAAUCAGGGUACACUCCUUGCAGAACCGUAUCAAGGCCUUGUGGACCACGUCAACCAACAGCUCCAUUUGGACGCCCCGGACCCUUUGGCCGUCGGCCGAAGGGUCAUAUUACCGUCGACGUUCGUUGGAAGUCCUCGCUAUAUGAAACAGUGUUAUCAUGACGCUAUGGCCAUUGUGCGAAAAUAUGGUAAGCCUGACCUGUUUAUAACUUUUACAUGCAAUCCUAGGUGGCGAGAGAUCACGGAGAACCUAGGGACACACACUUCAGCAAACGACAGACCUGACCUGGUGGCUAGGGUGUUCCACGCUAAACUCAAGGAGAUGAUACGUGACAUAACGGUCAAUAAAAUUUUUGGUAAUGUAAAUGCUUAUAUGUACACUGUUGAAUUUCAGAAACGUGGUUUGCCGCACGCGCACAUACUGAUCAUCCUCGAGGAGRAUAGCAAGUUGCUUGAUGUUGAGGMCGUUGACAAUGUUGUGCGGGCCUCCUUACCAGACCCGGUGACUAAUCGGCGUCUGUUUGACUGCGUUACGUCGCACAUGAUUCACGGACCGUGUGGACCACUAAACCUCAACAGUCUAUGUAUGGUAGAAAACAGUUGUUCAAAGAAGUAUCCGAAACCAUACAGUGAUGAGACGGUGUGCGUCUCUGACGGUGGCUAUCCAAUGUACCGCCGUCCGAAUAAUGGUUGCGUGACCCUUAUCAGGCGAGAAGAAGUMGGUAAUGAGUUUGUCGUUCCAUACAAUCCAUGCCUUCUGGCCAAAUAUGAUGCACACAUCAACGUCGAGGUGUGCUCGACCAUUAAGAGUGUUAAAUACCUUUAUAAAUACGUCUUCAAGGGACACGAUGCUGCUACUUUGGCUAUUCAUGAUGGCGAUGAGUUGUUAAGGUAA